AUGGCGAGUGAAAGUCUGAAUAACCAGAUGCCUACGCCAAAAAUAAACCAUGAUUGGUAUCAAACAGAGGCUUUCGUUAUCGUGACGGUCCUCGCUAAAAAUACAAGUAAUGUCAAAGCUCAAUUCGGCGAAACGACACUAAGCGUCGGCGCUAAAUUACCUUCUGGAAGCGAGUACAGUUUAGAAUUGGAUUUAGCGCAUGAAAUAGUACCAGAUCAGUGUUCAUACAAAGUUAUCCCCUCAAAAAUAGAAAUAAAAUUGAAGAAACGCGAUGGCCUUAGAUGGAAUUCUUUAGAAGGCAAUCCAGCGACUAAAGAAGCUAUAAAACCUAUACCUCAAGAAAUACUUCAAGCGAAUCAACCGCCAAAAUAUCCAAGCUCAAGCAAGAAAUCAAAAGAUUGGAAUAAAGUUGAGAAAGAAAUAGAGAAACAAGAGGCUGAAGAAAAACCAGAAGGUGAAGCUGCGCUUAAUUCUCUCUUCCAGCAAAUUUAUGGUACUGGAUCUGAUGAAGUUCGCAAGGCCAUGAAUAAGUCAUUUAUUGAAUCUGGUGGAACUGUCCUGAGCACAAACUGGUCCGAAGUAGGCAAAACUACCGUCGAAAAACGCCCACCUGAUGGUCUCGAAUGGAAGUCAUGGGAAUAA